AUGCAGGCAGAAAUAACGAUAUACAAUUUUCAAGAAUAUAGACACAUCGAAUCGCCUCCUGGUUGGAGGUUAAGCUGGGAAUGGGAUGGAGAUGAAGUGAUAUGGAAUAUGCAAGGAGUUUGUAACAAAUCACUGGGUACACCACCUCCUCAUUGUUUGAAGCGUCCUCUUAUCAUUGACCUUCAACCAGGAACCGCGUUCAAUAAACAAACAUCUAACUGUUGCAGAGCUGGUGUUUUAACUUCUAUGGCUCAAGACUCAACAAAGUAUGCUUCACAUUUUCAGAUGAGUGUUGGUUUCGCCGCCUCUUCUUCAAAAUUAAAUUUCACAAUGCCCAAGAAUUUCACAUUUAGUACUCCUGGUUAUACUUGUGGUGAUCUUGAAGCCGUUGCUCCUACCCAGUUCUCUGAGGAUGGUGGUCGACGAUGGAGGCAAGCUCUUAGUACAUACAAAGUGAUUUGUACUUAUUCACAAUUUAUAGCAGCACCUGCCCCAACUUGUUGUGUUUCCUUGUCUGCAUUUUAUAGCACCACAAUAACAUUUUGUCCCAACUGUAGCUGUGGCUGUCAAAACCAACCUGGUUCAUCAUGCAUCAAAAAAGGAGAAAUACCCCAAACGUUGCCAAAAUCAAAAGAUCCAGAUUAUGUACCACCUCCUCUGGUAAUUUGCACUACUCAUAUGUGUCCAAUACAUGUGCAUUGGCACAUCAAGCACAGCUAUAGAGCGUAUUGGAGGGUUAAGAUCACGAUCAUGAAUCUUAAUAUACGUAAGAAUUACACCACUUGGAACUUGGCUGUUGAGCAUCCAAACCUUAAUGAUUUGGUGCAGGUUUUUAGCUUCAAUUACAUGCCCCUUACUCAAGAUCGCCCCACCAAUGACACUGGUUUAUUUUGGGGAAUACAGUACUACAAUGAUGUGCUGCUAAAAUCAGGAGAAAGUGGAAAUGUACAGACUGAGAUGCUCCUAAGAAAAGUACGUGGUACCUUCACCUUUGAUGCAGGUUGGGCUUUCCCAAAAAGAAUCUAUUUCAACGGAGAAAAUUGUGUCAUGCCUCUCCCCCAUGAUUUCCCUGAAUUGCCCAACGAGAGUCGGCAUGUCAGACAGUAG